AUGAGUGCUAUAUUAUCAGCAGAUGAUUUGAAUGAUUUUAUUUCACCCGGAGUUGCAUGCAUCAAGCCUAUAAAUGAAGAGAAGAAGCUGACUGAGCGAACGAGCAUAGGAGAAGUUGAGAUACAGAUAGAUGAAAAUGGUAAGCCAUUGGAGAUAUCAAAGAUAGAUGGAAAGCAAGCUAAUUUGUCGCCGGCCCAAAUAUCUUUGUCCGAUUGUUUAGCAUGUUCAGGAUGUAUUACAUCGGCUGAAGAAGUGCUUGUUGCUCAGCAUUCACACAACGAGUUAGUAAAGGUUCUUCAAGAAAAAGAGUCUGGUACAUGUGAUAAAAUCUUUGUCGCCAGCAUAUCGCAUCAGUCUCGCUCCUCCUUGGCAACAGCUUACAAUUUGUCUGUGGAGGAAAUAGAUAGGCUCCUUUUGAAUCUACUUAUAAAUCAGUUUGGUUUUAGCUACGUGGUUGGAACUGCUGUAGGAAGAAAGCUUUCGUUGUUGUACGAAGCCCAAGGCAUAAUAGAGAAAAAAGAAGCUAACUAUGAGGGUCCUACAUUGUCAUCUAUAUGCCCUGGCUGGGUCUUGUAUGCUGAGAAGACUCAUCCUCAUGUCUUAAAUCGUGUUUCCAAUAUUAAAUCACCCCAGCAAAUUACUGGGUGCUUACUCAAAUCAUUAGCGGCACAAGAACAGGGCGUCAAAAGAAGUGAAAUCUAUCAUCUCUCAAUAAUGCCAUGUUUUGACAAAAAAUUGGAAAGUGCAAGGCCCGAACAAGAAGAUCCCGAAACAGCUGAUGUUGACUGUGUAUUAACUGCCAAGGAGUUAGUCACAUUACUAGAGCAACACCAAGAUAGAUACCUGUUGUUUCCUUCAAAUUUCCAAAGCAUUUUAAAUUCAUCUGAGUCGAUAUCUAAUUUGUACCGAAAAGCUUCGGUCCCAAAUUGGCCAUUUUCAGAGCUAUCCUGGACGAACGAUAGUGGAUCAGCAUCGGGCGGCUAUGGGUUUAAUUAUUUGAUAAUGACAAAGAUACACUUGACAUUAAAGUAUCCAGAUAUUUACCAGGAAGCCAAUUUUUCCUUGAAUACAGUAGCUGGUCGCAAUACCGACGUCUACGAAAUACGUUUGAUGCAUGAUGGAAAGACAGUAGCUAGCUCUGCUGUUGUUAAUGGUUUCAGGAACAUCCAAAACUUGGUAAGAAAAUUAAAGCCAUCAAACUCAACCGUUGUCAAAUCUAAUCCUCUUGCUUCAAGAAGGCGUGCCAGGAUGGGUGCAUCUCUGUCUUCUCAGGAAUUAGCAGAUCCUUCUAAAUGUGAUUAUGUUGAGAUAAUGGCAUGUCCCAACGGAUGCAUUAAUGGAGGUGGCCAAAUUAGUCCUGCUUCUGGUGUUAAUAACAAGGAUUGGAUAAAUAAAGCUUUGGAAAACUAUGCUACAAUUCCUAUUACUGAUUUAUCUCUGAGUGGAAAUUUAUCUAUCUCGUCUAUAAUGUCAUGGUGUCAAAACUUCUGUCGGGACUUCGAUAUCAGUGAGUCUAGGCUCUUGAAAACCUGGUUUCAUGAGUUGGAACCUUCAAAUGACCCAAAUGCUGUUUUGCUUGGUGCAAAAUGGUAA